AUGAGUUACGGCAGACCUCCGCCACGUAUAGAUGGCAUGGUGUCAUUGAAAGUUGAUAAUUUAACAUAUCGUACGACUCCGGAAGAUCUACGUAGAGUUUUCGAGAGGUGUGGCGACGUUGGUGAUAUAUAUAUUCCCAGAGAUCGUUACACGCGAGAAAGCAGAGGAUUUGCCUUCGUGAGGUUCUUUGACAGACGAGAUGCAGAAGAAGCUCUGGAUUCCUUAGACGGACGCAUGUUGGAUGGCAGGGAACUUCGUGUACAAAUGGCGCGAUACGGACGCCCGUCUUCUCCAUAUAGAAGUCGUUACGAUCGCAGACGCAGCUUAUCGCGUUCUCGGUCUCGUUCACGUCGUCGAUCCAGGUCCCCUCGCGCGGACGCUCUCGCAGCCACAGCCGUUCCCGCUCCCGCUCCAGGCACUGAAGUGAUCGGUUGA